AUGAUUUUAUUGCAGAUUUACAUAGUGGAUUUUGUAAUAGUUUGUGUGGGGAGAUUUAGUGGUCUGCCAAAUAUCCCAGAAUUUCCCCCUAACAAAGGCCCGGAAGCAUUUAAGGGUAAGAUUAUCCAUUCAAUGGACUAUGCUGCCAUGGAUGAUAAACAAGCUGCUGAGUUCAUCAAAGGCAAACGAGUCAUUGUUGUUGGCUUCCAAAAAUCUGCACUGGACAUUGCAAUGGAGUGUGCUGCUGCAAAUGGAGUGGAAAAUCCAUGCACAGUUAUAUACAGGACAGCUCACUGGAAUGUCCCUGAUUAUCUUCCAUGGGGAUUUUCACUCGCACAUAUGUAUCUCAGUCGAUUUUCGGAGCUUAUGGUUCAUAAGCCUGGUGAAGGGUUUCUCCUUGGUCUCUUGGCUACAACUCUUGCACCACUGAGAUAUUCAUAUUCAAAAUUUGUUGAGAGUGACAUAAAAAAGAAGCUUCGUCUGGAAAAACAUGGCAUGGUCCCAACGCAUAGCUUCCUCAAUGAAAUCAGUUCAUGCUUGAUAUCGACUGUCCCGCCGAAAUUCUACAACAAAGUCGAAGAGGGAGAACUCAAAUUGAAAAAGGCCCCGAGCUUCAGUUUCUGCCACAAUGGAGUUUUGGUUGAAGGUGACACUGAACCAAUGGAAGCUGACCUAGUCAUCUUGGCCACCGGAUUCAAAAGCGAACAAAAGCUCAAAGACAUUUUCAUUUCCCAAACCUUCAAAGACUACAUUACCGGAUCCCCUAAUGCAGCCCUUCCACUCUACAGGGAGUGCAUUCAGCCAAGGAUACCACAACUAGCUGUACUCGGAUUCUCAGAGAGUAUUUCGAAUAUAUUUACCUCGGAGAUGAGAUGCAGAUGGAUAGAAGAACUUCUGGUUGGGACAUUCAAGCUACCAAGCAUUAAAGAGAUGGAGAAAGAUAUAAAACAAUGGGAUGAAUACUUGAAAGAAUAUUCAGGUGGAUACUAUCGUAGAAAGUGCAUUGGUGCUUUGCAUGUAUGGUAUAAUGAUCAACUGUGCAAAGAUAUGGGGUGGAAACCAAGAAGAAAGAAAGGGUUUUUUGCUGAACUUUUUGAACCCUAUGGCCCCAUGGAUUAUGUCUCUAACUAA